AUGAAUAGCGAUAUUUUGUUGACUUGUAGAUUUAGUUUGCAUAAUAAUAAAUAAAUAGAAGGAUUUUGUCCUUAUCCUUAAUGCAAUAAUUUUCGUUUAUUUUGUGUUAAUUGCUUACUUGAUUAUCAUUAAGAUCAUACAAAUGAAUGUAAAAAAUUAUAUGAGUAUCCUCAAUGGGCUGAAAUGUUCAAUUAAAUCAAUUUGGAAAAUAUUAAUAAAUUAGAAUCAAUUUUAGAGAUUUUUGUUAUACUUAAAUAAUUUAAAGCUUGGUAUGAAACAUAAUAUAAUCCUUUAAUUGAUAAUUAAGAAAGCUUAAAUGUCUAAAUGUUUGAAUAAAAAAUUACUAAUAUUGUCAAUAUUAAAAAUAUAACAAAUAUUAUUGAUUAAUCUAUUAAACCAUAAAUUGAGAAAUUGAAAACAUACCUAGAAUAUAUAAUGAAUUAAAAAGGGAAAAUUAAUAAUUUAGGUAUAAUAAUAAUAUGAGUUAAAGUUUCUUAUGAUGAAUUUAUUUAAAGCAAUAUAUUGUCAUAGAGUAGUUUAAGUAAUAGAUCUUAAAGGAAUUAUGAAGAAAGUUUUAAUUUAUUAUUAAAUUUAAGCUAAAUCUCUUUAUUGGGCAGGAAAGUACUAAGAGUGUAUUAAUAAAUGUGAGGCAUAUUAAAAAUUUAAUAUUACAGAUGUUCGAUUUUCUUUAUUGAAAGGUUUUAAUUUAUUGAAUUUUAAGGUGAUAGCUAUUUAGAACUUAAAAAUUUUGAAAAAGCAAUUGAAAAUUAUUAGAUAGCUAUAGAAAUGGAUGAUAGUAGUUAUUAUGCAUUUGGAAAAAUUGGUAUAUUUUAUUGUAAUUUAUUAGGUGAUAUAAUGUUAAACACAGGAAAAUUAUAUGAAGCAUUAAAAUAUUAUGAUGAUUGCACUAAAAUAAAUAAUUAAUAGCAAGAAUAUUAUUUUAAAAAAGGUAUUUUUUUUAAUAUUUAAGCUAAAAUCUAUUAAAAAUUGAAUUAGUUUAAACAGGGUUUAGAGUGUGUAGAUCAUCUUUUAUCAUUAAAUUCUUAACAUAUAGAAGCACUCUAAAUGAAAGGUACAAACUUUAUCUUAAUUUAGCAACUCUCUUGUAAUAGAUAGAUUUAAAAAAAAGUGGGAUUGAUUAAUUUUAAUAAUAAUUGUAAUUUAGUGCACCUCAUACUCAAUAAUUCUUAUAGCAUUUAUGUAUUGAAUAAUUCUUAUUAAUUUAGUCAAAUUAGGAAAUCAAAUUCAGAAUCGACCUUUAUAAGGAUAAAUUUUAUCAAAAGAGGAGAUUAAUUUCAAGUAUCAACAAGGUAUUAAUUAAUAAACAAUAAUUAAGCAUAUAAUCAGCUUGAAAAAAAUCCAUAAAUAACCUUAUAAAUAUGUAAAGAAAUUUUUGAGAUGGAGAAGGAAAGGGAAAAGAACAGGGACAUAGACAUCGACAGGGACAAAAUAAACUUCUAAUUCAUAAUUUUAAGUGGUAUAAAUAUAUCUUUAAUAGCCCAUGCAUUAAAAAAUCUUGGAAUUUAUUAGGAAGUUUUGAAUAUUUGUGAACUAGUAAAGAAAAUUGAUCCAAAUAAUUAAGAAAUAGAAAGCUUGGAGUAAAUAAUCUAUACACUGAUUUAAUGA